UGUGCAGAGCUAUGGUAAGCGAAGAAUGUGCCAACAAAUUAAAAACUAUUCCGUUGUCAGACAACACAAUCGGAAGACGAAUUGGGGAAAUGGCAAAUGAUGUCAAAGACCAGCUGAUGGCAAAACUUCAGACAGUUCUGUUUUCCCUUCAAAUCGACGAGACGACAGAUGUUACUAAUGAUGCGCAACUGUUAACAUUUGUGCGAUACGAGGACAGUGGCACUAUGUGCGAGGAAUUUCUUUUUUGCAAACCACUGCCCGGGCGAACUACCGGUGUAGAAAUAUUUAAAGCACUGGACGAUUUUUUCACGGAGCACAAUAUCUCGUGGCAGAGGUGCGUUGCAUUAUGCAGCGAUGGGGCCCGAGCCAUGAGUGGCAGCAAGACUGGACUGUUUGCGCAUGUAAGGAGGGUGGCUCCGGGGGUAAUUUGGACACACUGCCUGAUUCAUAGAGAGGCUCUCGCCUCCAAAGAUCUCAGUGUUGAGCUCAGUGGUGUGUUUGAUGUCGUUGUCAAGACGGUCAACUUCAUAAAACGAAACGCAUUGAAUACACGCCUGUUUUCAUCCCUAUGCCAUGACUUGGGAAGUGAACACAGCUCUCUCCUUUAUCAUUCAGAGGUGCGUUGGCUGUCUCGCGGCGCUGUGCUCGCCCGUGUGUUUGAACUACGCGGAGCUAUCUACGAGUUCUUGUGCGAGAAGCAUUCUGAUCUGGCUUCCAAUUUCAACGAUAGUUACUGUUUAACUAAGCUGGCGUACCUCACAGAUGUUUUUGCAGAGCUGAACAAGUUGAACAGCUCCAUGCAAGGGAGAGAUGCAAACGUCAUGCAGCUCUACGAGAAGCUCGACGCAUUUGUGAAAAAAAUGUCAAAGUGGAUCGAACGAGUGGAGAGCAAUAACUUGGCGAUGUUUCCUUCAGUUGAGGAAUACCCUGACAGCACUGACAUCAACGACACUAUAUGUGAGCAUUUGAGGAAGCUUGUGCGUCAAUUCGCAAAGUACUUCACUGAUUCGGAAGAGUGGCGCCGUGACAGCAAGUGGAUCCUGCUCCCAUUCAGUGACGAUGCAUCAGUAGGGUCAAGUCUGACGGCUGUGGAAGAGGAUAAGCUGAUUGAGAUGUCCACAGACUCUGUCAGGAGGCAUAUGUACGACACACAGCCCCUUGUUAAAUUCUGGAUAAGUUGCCAGACAGAAUUUCCACAGCUUGCUGCAAAAGCAAUGAGGUGUCUUUUGCCCUUUCCAACCACAUACCUGUGUGAGAGUGGUUUUUCUACACUGGCGUACUUAAAGAAUAAGUACAGGGCUAGGCUUGAUCCAGAGAAUGACAUGAGACUGUCUCUGUCUACCAUUUCGCCACGAAUAGACAGGCUGUGUGGACUUCACCACGCCCAGAUAUCACACUGACAGCAGGUGAUUGGUGACAGGUCUGUCCUGGCUGGGUUAUAAAAGCCCUGACCAGCCAGCAGUUGAGGCUGCCUUGGUCUUCAUUUGUUGGAUUUUGGUUCUCCGGUGUUGUUGGAUUUUUGUUCUCCGUUGUUGUUUUGUCACACACCUAGACUGACUUUGCAUGACAUUUUUAGUUACUUUUCCCAAUACUGAAUUGCACAACACUUUAUUAUUCUUUAUUCUUUCUUUAAAAUAAUCUUUAAUUUAAUUUAAUUUAAUAAAUCUACUUUUAUUAUUAUAAAAUCUGCGUGGCCUCUCUUUCAUGUUUCAUGCAUUGAGCUAUGCAUGUAACACCAAAUACACACGCGCACGCGCAGGCACAUCAGUGGGCCGCGGAUUGCUUUCUAGUCCGAAUGGUGGUCCCUGGGACAAAACCAGUUGAAAACCCCUGGUGU